AUGGCUGGACGCGCUACUGGACAAAGUAGCGCUAUCCCAGCCUGGAGAGUAAGAAUUGAAGAACGUAUCGCAAAGGAUAGGGCCCUCAUCGGCAGACUGAUAUGCUUCAGGUCAUGCAAUACCAGGUCAAGGAUUGUGCGCACCGUCAGGAUGGCGUUUGCUGGGAUAAAUUUUAGUUUAUCCCAGCCGGAUAUAAUGCAAAAACUGACGGAGUGCAUAGACGACCUGAAGCAGAGAAUCGCUGCUUGGGGACAGCGGAUUCGGCGAUAUACUGAGAGGUCGACACAUCACAACCAGAAUCGUCUUUUUCAGAGUGAAGAAUUCUGGCACGGCUUGACAGGCUGCAUCACCACUGGUUUAAGGGGUUCGUGGUGCGUCACGCUGUGCUCGCUCGACAGUUUCAAGGGAUCUCUUGAAACAGAAGUACGCUCCCAAGCCCUUCACUACUGGGGUCACUCAUUUGGUUCCUAA